GCAAGCAGCUUCCUGCAGGAUCAGCCAGCGCCGCCGCGGCUGCCUGCCGAGCAGCAGGCCGAGUUUGAGCGGCUGCAGCGGGCGGCCGAAGCGGCGCUGAACUCGCACACGAUCACAACAGCAGCGCUCCCGCUCGCGACGUCGCGCCACGUCUCGUCACCCUCCGCAGCAGCGCCGACGCAACCCCACGACGGGGCGACGGCGCCACCAGCAGAGGAGACCACAUUCAGCUCGGGCAUGCGGCAGGGCGCGCCGCCCGAGUUCUACGGCCCCAAAAACCCCAAGACGGGCGAGGUCGGAGGGCCCAAGAAUGAGCCGCUGCGGUGGGGCAGCGCCGGCGACUGGAGCUACAACGGCCGCGUCACGGACUUUUAA